AUGGCUCCUGGCAGCGGGCGCGAUUUCAACUGCUCUUGGGAGCAUUGUGGCAAGUCGUUCAAUCGCAAGUCAGACCUUUGCCGUCAUUAUCGGAUACACACCAAUGAGCGACCCUACCAUUGCACGGUGAAGGACUGCAACAAGAGCUUCAUUCAGCGCAGCGCUCUGACCGUCCAUUCGCGGACCCACACCGGCGAGAAGCCCCAUGUUUGCGACCAUGAGGGCUGCCAGAAAGCUUUCUCAGAUCUCGUCACCGACGAAUCCACACGGGCAAGCGACCAUACAUCUGUCAGGAACCCACCUGCGAACGAAGGUAAGGCCAAUCCCAAACACCCAUCCGCACCAGGGGGCCAUCCGCUCACCUCGCGUGUGAACUGUAGCUUCUGUCGCAAAACCACCCUCACGAAACACCAGCAUCGCUCUCAUCCUCCCGGGUCCUUGACUCGGCCAUCCUCGGAGGACGCGACCUCGGAGCACUCCUAUCACCACCACACGCCGGUGACCGUAUCGAUCCCCAACGGGAACGACCAGUACCUCCUUGCGCAGCAGCCAUACUACCCGCACUCCGCGACGCCCAACCACGAGUUUUAUUCGCCACAGAGCGUCCCCAUGAACUCGGUCCCCGGGCAUGAAGGCGCGCCCCCGAUUGUGACGCAGAACGUGCCCGUCACCUCGGCCAUGAACAUGCCACAUGCGCCGCAACACGCGCCGCACCACCCGCAGCAACAUCCGCAGCAGCAGCAACAGUAUAUGCAGAUGAUGCAGCAGCGCUACGAUACGACACCGCGGACGAAUUAUCUGCCUCCGGAAUAUCACCAACCACCAUUUCCCGGCCACCAGCUGCCGGAGGGACAGCCCAUGAUGGUGGGCUACCAUCCCAAUUUUCAGUACAAACCCCCAACCCGCAUCUUGAACCAACCGGAGGGGACUGACUGGGGAUUCCUGGGAGUAGGUUAA